CUACACGCAGGUUUUGACUGAUUUUGGUUUUCAUGACAAUGAAAUUUUUUCUCCCCAGGAUGGAAAGUAAGAACCUCUUCCUAAGCUUAUUGCUCUGCUACAGUUUGCUCAGCGCUGCCGAUUCUCACAUGGUAAUUGAAGAGAAGACAGAAUGCAACCUGUCAAAGAACAACAAAAUGAAUCUCCCAGAUCUCCCACCCAUCUCCAUAGUAGAUUUAACUAAAAGAUCCCAGAAAGUCAGCAGAAAAGAGGCAGAGAACAAGAAAUCUUCCAAGAAAAAUGCUGCACCCACACCUGCAGCCAACUGUGUGCCAAAUUUCAAAACCUGCAAACCAUACUUGAAUUCAUGUUGUAACUACUGUGCCUUGUGCAAAUGCCGAAUUUUUCAGACCAUCUGCCACUGUCUACUGUUAAACCCAAAGUGCUAAGCCAAACCAGGAAC